AGCACAGCACCCGGCACGCGCCAACAACGACGACCACCCACCCACACCACUCCCUUACUCUCUCUCUCUCCGCAGCACCCAGGAACUCCAAAUCUAACCACAUGUCGCGGCUCCUGUCAUAGCAAGUGGCAUUUUUGCAUAGGAACGCGUAUGAUGGCCGCCAUUCUCCGCACGCCGGACACAUAAUAAUAGACCCAGUUCUUAUUUUGUCCUCAUUUCCCCCCGCCUGGGCCAGUUCAAUGCCGACGUACUGACAACUUGCUGCCGCCCAUAAUUGUCUAACUAUCCACCGCCGCAGACAUGUCGUCCGUCAAUGGCUCCUACACGGCGACCUUGAGUCCCACGGUCGCCUCCUCCGAUACCACUGCCACGUUUCCUCCGCACAUGCUCGCGAGCUCUAUCUCGUCUCUCUCUUCCUCGACCUCAUCACGCCACAACUCCCAGAUAUCAAAAACCUACCGCCAGGCCUCAACUCUGUUCCUCACGCGUCGGCUGCCCGAGGCCCUAUCGACCAUCCUGCCACUAAUCACCCCGCCGCCGGGACAGUCAGAAGACGGCGUAAACGAGCCUGCGCCCGUCGCGAGGGCGUCACGAUCCACGAGGAUCAAGGUCUGGAGCCUGUAUUUGACGACGUUGAACGCAAUCGUCGAACUGGAGCCGGACGAGGGAAAGGAUGCCUUCGGGAGCCAGGAGUGGCGGUCGCUAUGCUCCAAGGUUAGAGAGGGCGAGGUGUGGGAAGAAGUCGUACGCAACGGAUACCACGGCGUCGAGAGCGACGUCGACUCGGAUGUUGUCAUCAAUCUCGCCACGCUCCUCUUAGCCCACGCGCGGACGCAAGAAUUAAAUCAGAAAAAGCUAGAGAGCUAUCUUGCAGCAUCUACGUCGCCAAACAUGGACUUAUCCAAGCGGUUCUCGGACUCACCAUCACCGUCACCACGGCUGAACCGGCACCGGUCUCCCGCCAAGGCUACGAGCGGAGCGGAUACGCCGAGGGACCUCAAUGCGCGGGUCAAGAUCCUCGAGCUGUAUACGCUGCACGUGCUAAUCCGCAACAAUGAAUGGGAUUAUGCCCGCGAGUUUAUCAGCGUGAGCUCAGUAUUGGACGACGAGCGCCGUGAAGCGUUCUUGCAAGCUCUGGAGAGCCUACAGGAAGAGCAGCAAGAACAGGAGAGGCAAGAGACGGAAGAGCGUCGCCGUCAGGAGGAGCAACUGCGGCGCGACAUCGAAGAGGCGAAGCAGCUGAGGGCCGAAAACGAAGAACGAGAACGCCGGAGGUUAGAGGAAGAGAGGGCACGGAGAGAAGGGGCCGAAGGGGACUACGGCAUCGAAAAGACACCCAGUAAAGCAGGCUCGAGCAAGGCGGGGUCGAGCAAGGGACGUCACGCGAGAGUGGUCUCCAACGCCUCUGGCUCUAACUCGAAUUCGAAACUGCCUGUCUCCCAGGCGAAAGGAAAAUCGCCAACCGCGCCAACGUUUGGGACGAGGGCUUCAAUGGUUUUGUCUCGCAUACGCGAGGUAAUAGACCAGCUGGGGGCGUCGUUUAAGACGAAUCCUAUGCUGCUGAUGCGGCUGGUGGCCUUCAUUUUGGGGUUGGUCGUCAUGUUCGGGCAGAAGAACAUCCGUGAACGGAUACAGCGAGUGCUUGGUAACGGUUGGAAUAAGGUUAAGGCAACUGCGGGAAUGGGAGUUAAGGUUAGCUACAUAUGAUUACGACGGAUACUGCUUAGCUCUGGCUUCACUGUACUAUACGG